AUGAAGGGACUGCUUGCGAGGGUCCUUCAUGAAGUCCUCACUGAGAUCGGCGAACCGAGGUCGGCGUACUGCGUUGCCCACAAGAGCCUGUUCUCCGAACUUAGCGGGAUGCUAAGGGACUCCACCUGCGCACUGAGGCGGACAUUUAGCGUCCAGGCACUGUCGAGAUUGCUGAUGUUGAGGACGAUAGGGAAGUGCUAUGUGAGCGAGAAUGGAUUGCAAUGGCUAAGAUAUGCCAAGCUCUUCGUGGGGGCUAAGCUCCCCCUGACAGUGCCAAGCAGAUUGGAGAAAUCCUCGAGCUCCACUGACCGCCAAGCAUACGGAGCGGAAAUCGAGCCUCCAUUAAGAAGCCAUUAUUGA